AUGGUGGCGAGCGACGCGUGGACCAAGUGGGCCUUCUUGGCGCUGGCAGUCAUCACGCUUCUGCACUUGCUGCUCGAGGCGAGGGGCGUUUUAUUGACCGCACAGAGCGUCCGCACGAACUACGUCCGGUCGGGGCUCGCACCCUACGUCGCCCUCGCCGCCGCCGACAUUGACGCGCUCCACGCAGCCCACGACGACGAGCUCUUGCACUUGGUCGAUUUGAACGUAUUUUGCCGCAACGAAGACGAUGUGCUCAUUCCGUGGCACGCGCGCAGCACGCGCGACUUGCUUGGGCGCGACAGUCGGCACAGCGCGAUAUUGGCCGAGCUGCGCAAGUGCCCGGAUGUCGACGUGUACCUCAACACGGGGGUCCGCGACCACGGGUAUUGCGAAGACGCCAUGGUGUACACGCUACACUUGCAGUCGCGCGCCAUUCCCAAAUGGGUGCUCGAAGCCACGUUUCUCGACGAGAGCGGGACUGCAAUCACGUACUUUGAGCUCUGCCCGCGCUCGGCGAUCCUCUUCAUGAACCACUAUUGGGAAGACGUCCAUGAGAUGCCGUCGUUUCCGUCGACCAAGAAGAUUGUGCUCAUGCCCAACGUUGAAAUGGGCGAGUUAACGCCGACGCACUACCACCGCGUCGACAUUGUUUUGGCCAAGUCGCGCGACGCGUUCAACCGCAUCUGGGCCUGGUACAACCAAGACGACAACAACAACCCGCGCGGCACCAAGGUGCUCUACACCCAGCACACGACAAGCGACGCGACGGUCUUGAUGCGCAACGCGACCAAGCACGUGGGGCUCAAGGAUUUUGGUCAGCUCAGCGUCGUCCACGCCAACGGCAAGAGCCCGUUCAAGAAUGCAGGGCGUUUGCUCAACUGCUGGAAAGACCACCCCGAGUUCCCGGUGCUGCAUCAGUACUCGAGCGACGACUGGUCCAACGGCACGUACAACGACCUUUGGCGCGGCAGCCCACCGCCGAAUGUUGACUUUCACUUUGGUCAGUAUGUCUCGUCGAUGGCGUUUGCAGAGAUUCUGCACGACGCCACUGUCAUUGUAUGCCCGAGCGCGAUGGAAGGAUUCGGUCACUACAUCAACCAAGCACGAGCGGCCGGCGCCCUCGUUGUGACAACCGAUGCGCCUCCGAUGGACGAGUUUGUGGACGACGACUCGGGUGUCCUUAUCCACGGCAUCACGCCGUGGCCCGACAAGGCCACGAUGGGCCAAAACAUCGUCUUUGAAGUGCCGGUCCGCGCCAUUUGCGAAGCCAUUGAAGACGUUGUGGCUAUGGAUCCCCGCGAGCGCGCGCGUCGAGCGGCCAAUGGCGUUCGGCGGUACUUCAAGCAGCUCCAACAUUUCAAGCAAAGUAUGCAGACGCUUCAAGCCAUAGUACGAUCAAGCUAA